AGGAGCUAAUUAAAUACUGUGACAGGCUUGGAGAAGAGACAUCUGAUCUUAAUAAGGCUUUGGAGUUGAUGCUUGGUAUCCCUCACAGAGCAGAAGAUUUGAAGUAUAUAAAUAACAUAGAAGGUUUUCAUGGUGAUAUUCACAAACUUGGCAGACUUUUAAGGCAUAACUGGUUUAAAGUAAAAGCGAAAGAUAAGAAACCUCACGAUCGAUAUUUAUUUUUAUUUAAAGCUCGGAUAUUAGUUUGUAAAGUUCGUAAAGUAGCAGAAAAUAGAUAUGUCUUUAUACUGAAGGAAAUUAUAAGGUUACCUGAAGUGGAACUUCAUGACCACAAGCACGACCCAAGAACUUUUGAAAUUGGUUCAUUGACAUUAGAAAGCCCACAAGAUCACAUAAAAGAACCUUGGAUAGCAGAAAUAAAGCAUUAUGCUCGAAAUGUGUUGACAUUGGCAGAACAUGCUGCUGAUGAUCUACGUCUCCAAGAGGAAGAGAACAAGAAUCUUGAACCGCUUAAAGGAGUUGAAUUAAAACUAUACACACCAGGACAAAGUCUUUCGAACUCAGACGACGAAAUGGAUAAAUUCUCUGCUAGCCGAAGAACUUCACUCUCUCGUAGAGUGGAAGAAAUACGAUCUGGAAGUGUAACUGAAGUGCACCGUGAAGAAAUAAUUUGUUCAUCUACAUCUGUUAUAUCUGAGGAAGUUAUACAGGAAGCAGAUGCAACUUCUCGCUGCAUAACUAAUAAUUCCCUUUUUUCAAAAACCAUUGAAGGAGUCAAUGUUGAACCUGGUGGUAGUGCAGCAUUUGAAUGUGAAAUAGAUGCCAAGUCUGUGCAUUGGCUAAAAGACAACAGACCUAUUUCAGAUCGACUAUCUGAUAGGUUAACGCAAAUGUCAGUUGGAAAUUUACAUAGACUUGAAAUUUUAAAUGUCAUAGAAUCUGAUGCUGGUGUCUAUACUGCUCAUGCAAAUACUUUAUCAGGUCAAAAUUCAACUUGCACAGCAAACCUUGUUGUACAAAAACUCACUGAAGAAGAAAGACGUGCUCGGAAUGCUCCUGUUUUCUUAGUGAAGUUAAAUGAUACUGAACUAUUAGAAAAUACUUACCUUAGAUUUAUGGUCAAAGUUAAAGGUGAACCUAUGCCUACAGUUCAAUUUUACAAAAAUAAUGAACUUAUUACAUAUGAGAAUGAAAGGAUAGCUAUAAUGUCUCAAAAUGCCAAAAAUACUGGCUAUUAUGAAUUAGUUAUCCCUGAAGUUAAAUAUUCGGAUGCUGGCAUAUACAAAUGUGUUGCUACUAAUAAAUUUGGAGAUGCUACUUGUCAAGGAAUGGUUUCUGUAGUAGAUGAUAAAAAUAUAUUUGCUGGUCUUGAGGAUGGAAAGGGAAUCGACCCAGAUUUUCAGUGGAUUAAAGAUGGUAAACCAUUUGACCCAGAAGAAAGAUUUAAAGUUUUGUUGCAAGAUGAUGAAGACUCUCUUGCAUUAGUAUUUACACAUGUUAAACCUGAGGAUGCAGGUCUUUAUACAUGUGUUGCAUCAACAUCUACUGGAAAAAUUUCUUGCAGUGCAGAGUUGACAGUUCAAGGAAAUGUAAACCUAUUGUUCCGAGAACCUGAAAAACCACAAAUCACCUCAAAACAUAUUACUACAGAAGCGAAUCUAGGAUCCUCUGCAAUGCUUGAAACUAAAAUUACAGGAUAUCCUAAGCCAGAUAUAAAAUGGAUGAAAGAUGAUCAAGAAAUUUUAAUGAAUGAUAAAUUCAAACUUUUGUAUGAAGAUGAGGAAACUAUUGCCCUUGUAAUUAAAAAUGUAUCUUUAAAUGAUAGAGGUGAAUAUCAUGUGGUUGCUACUAAUUUGUCAGGAGUUGCAGAAGAUACAAUAAUCUUGGAUGUUAAAGCUGCUCCUUCUUUUACCAAAAAACUUCAUGAUAUAAGAACUAUAUCUGGUCAAGAGAUAAAGUUAACUAUUGAGGUGGAUGCAAAUCCUAAACCUGUUGUUACUUGGUACAAAGAUGGUAAAGAAGUUAAAGAGUCUGACCAUAUUAAAUUAAUAGAAGAAGGCAAUGCCUUUACUCUCUUAAUAGAAAAAAGUUCUCUGCAUGACAUUGGAUCUUAUUCUGUGGUGUGUAAAAACAAUAUCAGCCAAAUAUCUGAGUUUUGUAAAGUUGAUAUUGAAGGAGCUCCAAUUUUCACUAAAAAUCUUAUAAAGCGAGUGGAGACAGAAGAAGGUGACAGUUUAACUUUCUUAGUUAAAGUUCAUGGGGUUCCUAUGCCCAAUGUUCAUUGGCUUUAUAAAGACAAGCCAGUGGUUUUAGAUUCACGGUGUAAGCUUAGCAAUGACAUGGACACAUAUACAUUAACUAUUAAUGCUAUUACUAGAGAAGAUGGUGGUGAAUAUUGUUGUAAACUGACAAAUAUUCAUGGUACAUGCUGUGAUUAUGGCAAAGUAUUUGUGAAAUCUAGACCAGAUUUUCAUAAAGGUCUUGGAAAUGUCAUCGCCCAAGAAGGAGAUACCAAUGUUGGCUUUUCAGUGGAUGUAGAUUCUUUUCCUAAAGGGAAAAUUGAAUGGUUCCAUAACGACAAAGAAUUAUCUGAAAAGCAGGAAAAUAUAACUUUUACAGAGCAUGAUAGUACUUACACUCUUGUACUAAAAGAUGUUACAAGAGAUUGCAGUGGAAAGUACACCUGUAAAGUUACAAAUGAUUAUGGCAGUAAUGAAACAUCAGCAGAUCUUACUGUAUUAUGUAAACCAAAGUUCAAAAAACCACUUGAAGAUGUCACUGUAAAUGAAGGGGACACAUUGACUCUGCGUAUAGAAAUAGAUGCAACACCUGAACCAGAUAUAAAAUGGUUUAAAGAUGGUAAAGAACUUACUAGUGAUGCUCACAUUAAAAUAACAAGGGAUAAGAAACGACUUGAAACUUAUGAAUUAUCUGUUACUCUUGUAAAAGCUGAAGAUGGGGGUGAAUAUGAAGUUAAAGCAUUAAAUGAAAUGGGUACUGCGAUCACAAAAAGCAAAAUAGUCGUUCAGACAACUUCCUUUGGUGAUCCUGAUAAGACGUUGACAGAGGUAACUGAAAAAACAGACAUAUUGGAAGAAAAUGACUCAGUGAUUGGCUCUCAAAUAGCAGAAGCUACAGACACUGAAACAAUAAGUCAAAAAUUAAACGAAAUUUCUAAACAUGAAAAAGAAGAUAAUACACAAGAAAGAAAACUUUCUUUUCAAACUGUGCUGCCUUCAGAUACAGUAUUAAAUAUUAAAUCAUCCAUUGAAGACCAGAGGGAUGCCAUUAUAUGUACCAAUAGUGUGAAGGAAUCAAUUGAAUCCUUACCAGAAUUAUCACAUAUAAAAUAUGAAACACUAGAGAUCAUGGGACAAAAUAAUGCUACAAAAUUUGAGAUUAAUUAUUCUUUAGAACAAUCUAACACUUUUACAUCUCAAGAUGGUGUAACAUUAUCUGAUAAUUAUCCCUCUAACAAGCUUCUUUUAGUAGAAGAAAAGGGAUCUAAAAUUGAAGAACCUGAAAUACAACAAAUAUCUCUUAACUUAAAACCAAAACGUGGAGAAAUAACUGAUAGUAAUAUAUAUGAUUCUUCUAAUGAAGAAAAUAAAGUAAUUAAAUUAAAUCUUGAAAACAAACUUAAUGAAAGCAAUAUUUCGUCUAUUAAGUCUGAUACUGUCGAUUCUUCCUCAUUAAUAUUACAUGACAAUGAUCUGCUAGAAAAUAAAGUAAUUCUUGAAAAUGAGGUCAAUUAUAUUGAAAAAUGUGGAAAUGAUAAAGAUGGAGAAAACCUAAAUAUAUCUGGUUCAACCAGUAAUGAACUUCCGGCUAGGGAUAUAAUCCUAGAAAACGUUCCUUCCAGUCUUCCUAUUGAGAUCACUGCUCCUGUCAAACAAACAUGUUCAAAUGAUAUUUUAAAACCAUUAGAAGAAGACAUUAAUCAGAAAGAGGAGGGGCAUAUAACUUUUGCCAAUCCUCAAAUUAUAUCAUCAGAUAUGAAAAAUGUGGAUAUUUUUGAGACAUGGGAACACACAUUUGAAGUUGAAGCUAGUGGAACCCCAUAUCCUGAGGCCAAGUGGUACAAAGAUGAUAAAGAAAUAUCAUCUUCUGAGAGAGUUAAGAUUAGUAAUAAAGACCGAAAAUAUAAACUUGAGAUCAGUGAUUGUCAACUAACAGAUACAGCAUCUUAUAAGGUUGUACUCUCAAAUGUUUUAGGGGAAGCUACUGAUUCAGCUAAUUUGAAUGCUGUUGAGGCUCAAGACUUCAGAAGACCCCAGUUUGUAUCUGAACUCGUUGAUAAAAAUGUUCCACAGAAUCAAUCCUUUACCUACACUGUAGUACUUACAGCUGAUCCGGUUCCAGAAGUGAAAUGGAAACAUGAUGGUAAAGAAUUACCAGAAGAAUUUAUUCUCCAUUCUGACGCCAAGGUUGUCGAUCAUGGUAAAAAGGAAUGCACUUACUCAAUGACAAUUCAAAGUGCACAGCAUGACAAUACAGGAAUUUAUACAUUUACUGCUGAAAACAAAAGUGGAAAAGCUGAAUCAAGUGCAAGAUUGGAUGUUAUUGUGAAACCAGAAAUAAAUAUUUUCAAAGAUGUAGUUGGUAUCCCAUACGAAGAUGCUCAAUUUGUUGCCAAAAUAAGAUCUAAUCCACGAGCUACAAUUUUAUGGGAGAAGGAUGGCAUCACAUUAUCACCAAACAAUCAUUAUGAAAUUGAUCUUGAUCCUGUUAGUGAAAUUUACAAAUUAAAGAUAAAAGGUAUUCUUUUAGAGGAUGCAGGAAUGUACACCGUAAAGGCAGUCAACGCAGUUGGAGAAUGCUCUGCAAGUGCCAAAUUAAAAAUUCAUAUGAUAGAACCAGAGUUUACAAAAGGUUUAGAGGAGGUAACAAUAAGAGACUAUGCACAACUUGAUUUGAAAGUGAGAGCUCAAGGUGUUCCUAAACCAGAAAUCCGAUGGUCUAAGGAUGGUGUAGAUUUGGAACAAAGUGAAGGAAUGACAUUGGAUACUCGAUGUGAAGGAAAUGUUUCAAGCCAUUUAUGUAUUCCUCACUUCAAAGAAGAAUAUGCAGGGAAAUACACAGUGAGGGCAUACAGUUUAGCUGGCCAUGUGGAUACGUAUUGUUAUGUAAAAUUAGAGUUGUUGUCGCCUGCAUUUUCAAAAUCUCUUGGACGAGCUUUGGCAGUUGAAGAAGGGGAACCUUUGGAACUUAAAUGCAAAAUUGAAGCUAGUCCAUGUGCUACAGUAAAAUGGUUUAAGGAUGGUGAAGAGUUGCAAGGCUCAGAACGCAUUAAGAUUACUUGUAACCCAGAUGGUAGUGUUCGAUUAAGAAUUGAUGAAGCCACACCUGCUGACUGUGGAGCUUACAAAAUAUUUGUUGAAAACCCUCUAGGAAAUGAUUAUAGUAUAUGUGCAGUGGCAAUCAAUCCUAGUCCAAGACCACCCGAGUUCAUUAAAAAACUACAAGAUAUAUCUGUAAAGGAAGGAGAACCUAUGUUUCUUCAAGCACAAAUUACAGGAUUUCCACUACCUGAGCUUAAAUGGUUUAAAGAUGGAAUGCCGGUCAGGUCAUCUAAAGAUGUAAACUUUAUUAACUCUCCUGGAGGGUUAGUUGGGCUGUCAGUUGAUUGUCCAACCAAUGAAAAUUCUGGAAAUUAUACCCUGACUGUUUCUAAUAAGCUGGGUGAAGCUAGUUCAGAUGCAAAGGUCGAGGUAAUAACAAAAGAUAAAAAGCCUGAAUUUAGAUCACAUCUUUUACCAACUACAGUUGUGGAAGGUUUUCCAUUAAAGUUAACAGUGAAAAUUGAAGGAAAUCCACCACCUGAACUAACAUGGUGCAGAAAUGGUUCUCCAAUUGACAUUGAUGGAGAUCAUGUUCAAUGUGUCACAUCACCAGAUGGAUCACAAAGUCUUAUUAUAGAUAAGGUAUCUCCCCUUGAUGCAGCAGUAUAUUCUGUUACUGCUAGAAAUGAUGUUGGAUCUUCUACUUCAGAAGCUAAAAUUGAUGUGGCAGGUCAAGCAAGAGAUGACAUGCCCUUAGAAGCUCCAUCAUUAGCAUAUGAUUUGCGAGAUACAUGGGCUGAAGAGGGUUCUAUUCUGUCAAUUUCUGCUCCAUUCUCUGGAAAUCCUAUACCUAGUGUAACAUGGUAUAAAAAUAAUGAAGAGUUGAUAGGUGAUCAUCGAAUCGCUUUUACCAAUGAUGGAAAAAGAAUUGGUCUUACCCUUGCCCCUUGUGAAACUGGUGAUGUUGGACUUUAUAAAUGUGUUUUGAAGAAUCCUGUUGGAGAAGUGCAAAGUGACGCUAAAAUACAUGUGAAAAAAAUCUUUCAUAGUCCAGUUUUCAUUAAUCCAUUACACGAUCUAGAUCAGAAAAUAGGCCUUGAUGGAAAGAUGAUAUGUCGUGUGUCAGGAAAUCCACGACCUGAUGUUGCUUGGUUUUGGAAUGGAAAACCAAUUUAUGAAGAUGAUAAGUAUUCUAUGAAACGUGAAGGGGAUUUAUGUAUACUCUACAUUAAAGAUUGUAAUCCUGCAGAUGAUGGCUGCUACAGAUGUAUUGCCAGCAACAGGGAUGGUAAAGCUGAAUCUGAAGCGAAAUUUAGGGCAGUGACAAAGAUUGGUGAAAGAGAAAAAGGUGAAGCACCUUGCUUUUUGAAGAAGAUUGGAGAUCAAGAAUUAGUAAAAGGUAUUACUGGACGUUUCACAGCUUGUAUAUCAGGGUACCCAGAACCUGAAGUAGAAUGGUAUAGAAAUGGUCAGAAACUUUACCCUAGUGAACGUAUUAAAAUAGAAAAAGAACUUAGUGGCCUUUUAAGGCUUAGCAUUGCCAAUGUAGAACCAGCAGGAGAUGCUGGAAAGUAUAAAGUAAGAAUUUACAAUGAUUACGGGGAAGAUGAAUGUGAAGCAUCAUUUAUAUUCGACUCAAUGGGGUUGGGUGAUCGACAUGGUGUUGGUGAACAGUUUAAAGAUUUUGAGGCAUAUAAACAUAAAGGAGCUCCCAUGCCUUUAGCAGAUCGCCCAAUAAUCAGCAGAAUGAGUGACAGAAGACUAACACUUUCAUGGAGACCAUCUAUUCCAUUUGGACCAAGGGAUCCUGUAACAUACCAAGUUGAAAUGUGUGAGCUUCCAACUGGUGAUUGGUUUACUGCAAGAUCAGGUAUUAGAAGCUGUGCUUGUGAAAUUCGAAAUUUGGAACCUUUUAGAGAUUACAAGUUUCGGGUGAGGGUGGAGAAUAAAUUUGGUAUCAGUGAUCCAUCACCUUAUGCCAUAACUUAUAGAUCCAAACUGGAACCAGAAACCCCGAAGUUUAUACCAUAUCUUGCUCCUGGUGUUGAUUUUCGUCCAGAAUCUUCUCCAUAUUUCCCUGAAGAUUUUGAUAUAGAGCGACCCCCCCAUGAUGGUUAUGCUCAGGCUCCAAGGUUUUUGAGGCAAGAACACUAUACUCAGUAUGGAGUUAAAGGACACAAUUGUAAUCUCUUUUGGUUUGUCUAUGGUUAUCCAAAACCAAAAAUGACUUACUAUUUUAAUGAUGAAAUUAUUGAAAUGGGAGGCAGAUACGAUUCCAGUUACACAAGAAAUGGUCAAGCAACUCUUUUCAUAAAUAAAAUGCUGGAAAGAGAUGUUGGAACUUAUGAAGCUGUUGCAACAAAUGAACAUGGAGAAGCUCGACAGAGAGUUCAUUUAGAAAUUGCUGAAUAUCCUGAAUUUAUACGCCGCCCUGAUGAACUUACUAUUUACCAUCGACAAUCAGGAAGAAUAGAAGCUAGAGUAAUAGGUAUACCAGAACCUGAAAUCAAAUGGUAUAAGGAUUGGCAACUCAUAGCUCCAAGUUCUAGAAUAAAGAUUCACCAGAUUGAUCCUGACCUCUGUAUGCUAGUCAUUAAUGAUGCAAUAUUGAAGGAUGCUGGUUUAUACAGUAUCUGUGCAAGUAAUGUAGCAGGAGCAGUGAGUACCUCAGUGAUGAUACAUGUUGAGGAAAAAGAGGAACGACCAUAUCAACAUUAUGGACGUGGCCACAAUGUCAGGGUUAAAACAAAAUCUAUUCAGGAUUAUUAUGACUUUGGUGAUGAACUGGGACGUGGAACACAAGGAGUGACAUAUCAUGCUGUUGAAAGAGUAUCAGGUCGCAAUUAUGCUGCAAAAGUAAUGCAUGGACGUGGAGAUUUGAAAGCAUUUAUGCACAAUGAAUUAGAAAUUAUGAAUAUAUUGAAUGACCGUAAAAUUAUUAAAAUACAUGAUGCAUUUGAAACUUUGGAUACUAUAACAUUGAUAAUGGAAUUAGCAAGUGGUGGAGAGCUGCUUGAUGCCUUAACAAGACAAACACAUACUAAUGAAUCUGAAAUAGCCUCAUAUAUGCGCCAACUUUUAUGUGCUCUUGAUCAUAUGCAUGACCAAAAUAUUGCUCAUUUAGGAUUAACACCUGGGGAUCUCUUGAUAGCCCAUCCUGGAGGAGAUGAUUUGAAACUAUGUGACUUUGGUCUCAGUAGAAGAAUACAUCCAGGGCAAUUGUCACCCUUGGACUAUGGCAUGCCAGAAUUUGUUUCUCCAGAAACAAUCAAGGGGCAGGGUGUAAAUACUUCAUCAGAUAUGUGGAGCAUUGGUGUUAUAACUUACUUACUACUUACUGGAAUUUCAUUGUUCCGUGGAAAUAAUGAUAUGGAAACACUUAAUUUGGUUAAAGAAGGAUAUUGGGAAUUUGAUGAAGAGUUGACAAGAACAUUAUCUCUAGAAGCCAAGGACUUUAUAACGAAGUUGCUGGUGAUAGAUCCUAAAGAUAGGCUAGAUGUUAAAGCUGCUCUAAGACAUCCAUGGUUGAAUUAUGCUGACCGUCUCCCUCCAAAUCUCUAUGAAAUACCUACUGAAAAAUUGCACAAUUAUUAUAAUUUGUGGAAGGACUGGUAUAGUAAUGCUUCAUGUCGUAACUGGUAUAGAAGAAGACCCUUACUUGGGGCUUACAGUCAUCCUUCUCAUAUGGUCUAUCCUCCACAUUAUAUAGCAACACCAUCACAAUCACCAGAAAGAGAAAUUAAAGAAAAACUUAAAAAGCCAUCAUGGAUAGACCAACUCCCAUCCAGAGAACCUAUGAAUUAUGAAACAGGAGUUGUCUCUUCAGAAAGCCAUUAUCAAUAUGGCCCUGACACCUACUUACUUCAGCUGCGUGAUGUUGAUUUUCCAGUGCGUAUAAGAGAAUACAUGAAAGUUGCUUCUCACAGAGGAACUGGUGUUCCCCGAUAUUCAGAAGAUAAUCAUUUAGAUUGGAGGCUUCCAGUAAUUCGAGAACGAAGAAGGUUCAUGGAUAUAAUGGAUGAAGAAAUUGAUGAUGAAAGAAAAAAUAGAAUAAACCAAUAUGGUUUAGGAGAUACUUACACUGUAAGAAGACUUAGACAUGAAUUAGGUUCAAGGCUUGAUACACAUGUAGAAGCAGAAGCAAUUAUUGAAGCUACUAGAGAUGGUCAGGCUCCUUUCAUGAGAGAGAAACCACAAAUUACUCCAGCAGAAGAAGGGAAAAAUGCAGAGCUUGUGUGUUAUGCUGUUGGUGAACCUAAGCCCACAAUUCAGUGGUUUAAAAAUGACAUGAUGGUUGGAACUUCUAGCAGAUUAAAGGUUGAAGAAGACAAUGAAGGCAGGUCAAUUUUGCGUUUUAUACCUUUCAGUAAUGUAGAUGCAGGUAUUUAUAAAGCUGUUGCUCGAAAUCGUUUGGGUCAGACAGUAUCAAGGGCAAGGGUUUUGUUAGCCUCAGUUCCCGAUGCACCCGAUUCUCCUCAGAAAUCAGAAGUUUCUGAUACUGAAGUUCUGUUGAGAUGGAAGCAGCCUAAGCAUGAUGGACAAUCACCCAUUGUAUAUUACACACUACAGUAUAAACUAAAUGAUGGGUUUGAAUGGAAAAAUAUCAAAACAAAGAUUCAACAUGAAUUUUAUUUAGUAAAAAAUCUUAAAUCAGAAUCAGCCUAUAUAUUCCGUCUAUCAGCACAUAAUACUAUUGGGUCAAGUGACUUUGGAAUUCCUUCAGAGAUAAUAACAACAUUAGAAGAAGGUUCUGAACCAAUUAAUUUACCAAACACAAUGAAACAUCUACAAGCUAUGAGUGAAAUGGCUGAUGAUUUAAGUAAACCUAAAACACCUCUUCUUGACUACUCCAUUGAAAGAAACCCUGUGCAAUGGACAAAGCAAAGUCCAUUCAGUAAAUAUCAAUUUAUUUCUGAAAUAUCUAGGGGAAGGUUUUCAAUUGUAGUUAAAGGUAUUGAUAAGACUAAUGAUCAUAUGAUAGUAGCAAAAUUUUUGGAUAAUGGUGAAAGUUCUAAAGAAAAGGUUGCAUUGGAGUUUGAAGCUUUAAGAUUAUUUAGACAUGAAAGAAUUGCAACACUGUUGGAAGCAUAUAUGCCUCUUGACGAUCCUUAUUGUGUUUUCAUAUUAGAAAAACUACAAGGAGCAGAUGUUGUUACUUUCCUUGCGAGUAGGCAUGAAUAUACGGAACAGAUGGUAGCUACUAUUGUUACACAGAUACUAGAUGGGUUGCAAUAUCUCCAUUGGAGAGGGUAUUGUCAUCUUGAUCUGCAGCCUGAUAAUGUCGUCAUUUCUUCCUUACACAGUCUUCAAGUCAAGUUGGUGGAUUUUGGAUGUGCCCAAAAAGUUAGUAAAUUGGGAAAUGUAGUGAACUUCCAAGGAUCUGUUGAAUUUUCAGCACCAGAAGUUCUCUGCCAGGAGCCAGCUUAUCCUCAGUCUGAUAUUUGGUCAGUGGGUGUUCUGACAUAUGUAAUGUUGUCAGGAGUGUCCCCCUUCCUUGGUGAAAGUGUUGGUGAAACUCGACAAAACAUUAAUUUUGUGCGGUACAGAUUUGAACACUUAUAUAAAGAGUUAACACAAGAAGCAACAAGAUUCCUAAUGCUUUUGUUUAAGCGUGCUCCUAAUAAGCGUCCAAGUGCUGAAGAAUGUCAUGAACAUAGAUGGCUAUUACCAUCAGAAUAUAUGAUCAAAAGGAGAGAAAGAGCUGUAUUCCUUGGUAGCAGAAUGAAGGAUUUUAGUGAAAAAUACCAUCAAGCUCGCCGAGAAGAAUCAAGUUCAUUGCAAGGACUUUCUUCAUUAUUAGCUAAAUUACAGAGAUCAAACAGUAUUCAAGAAGAACUGAUUACUACAGAUUUCUAA